CCCUCUACAUUAGCUCAUGAGGAAUAUCUUCAAGAAGUGGAUCCAAAUGAAAAGCCCAUAGUCCUGCUGUGGUUCUGGCCUCUCGGUUUAAUAUGGGCUCUGUUGUUUAUGUUUUACGAGCCACCCUGACAGGGAUUCUCCUGCUGGCUGGAAUCAUAGUCCUGGUUUUGGUGUAUAGUCAGUCAUCUACAUCUCCAAAAUGCCAUCCUCCCCCGGCUCAGUCAGGGCGGCUGACAAAGCAGGCUAAUUUCCCCAACACGACAGUGGCAGCGAAACACCAGACAGACAAGCCUUUAAUGCUGCUGUGGUUUUGGCCUGAAAACAAAAGGUUUGAUCUUCAAGACUGUAAGAAGCUUUUCCAAAUCGACGGUUGCAGACUCACAGAUGAUAGAUCUUUAUACUCCAGAGCUCAUGAAGUUUUGGUGUUUCACAGAGCUAUCCAGGAUGACCUCUCCAACCUUCCCACCUCACCCAGAGCCAGGAUUCAGAGGUGGAUCUGGUUCAACACAGACUCGCCUAACAACACUCGCAGGAUAGAAGGCAUUCAAGGCCUUUUUAACUUAACCUUGAGCUACAGGAAGGAUGCGGAUAUCCACGUUCACUGGCAACUUACUCCCAAGAAGAAUUCAGGUGAAGAUUUCGUACUUCCCAAGAAGGAACGAUUGCUUUGUUGGAUUGUGGAUAGCAACGACCUCCACACAAAAUCAGGGGAGGGAUACAGCUAUUACAGAGAGCUUAUAAAACACAUCAAGGUGGAGGUUUUUCACAGCUCCUCUACCAACGGGGAGAACUAUUUCCUGACUAUCAGCAGCUGCAAAUUCUACCUUUCCUUUGAGAAUUCAAUUCACAGAGAUUACAUUACAGAAACGUUUAAUGGACCUCUUGCGGUCGGCACUGUGCCAAUAGUUUUGGGCCCACCGAGAUGGAACUAUGAGAAUUUUGCCCCAGGUACUUCCUUCAUACAUGUAAACGACUUUCCUGACGCCUUAGCACUGGCUCAGUUCCUCCUGGGGCUGGAUAAGGAUAAUGAGGCUUAUAUGAGAUACUUUAGUUGGCGGCAAUUCUUUACUGCGAGACGUCAUCCUACUGAGGAGAAGCAUGAGUUUGCACACGCUAUCUGCCAGGCCUGUCGUCACAUUGGCAGGAGCAAGGUGUACAGAGUUGUACCUGAUCUGUACAAGUGGUUCUUACUGUAAUGCUGUUAUUGAUGUACUGUUCCUCUGAACUGAUUAAAAACACAAAUUAGAAUCUGUUCAGAGAAAUACUUGCCGUCUAUAAAGUAGUAGUUGUGUUUUAUUCAGCCAUCACAUACAACACAAUAAAUAAAGCCUAUAUACGAUCUAGUAAAAAAAAGGAAUAGGCAGAAGCAUGAUGCUAUAUAUGCCUAUCCUACAUUCUUAUCAAUUAAAUUACCCUCAAAAAAAUUUAAAUCUGUGCAACUUUUGGUUCCGCUUAUGGUUAAAUGUAUCUCCAGAGCUUUUCAUGACAAAGAAAACAGCAAAAUAUGUUUUUUGUUUGAUUUGUAUUUUGGGUAAACCCUUUAAUACCGUCUGUUUGAGAACAGCCAAUUUACAAAAUGAGUUCCCUCCAUUUUAAACAACAGGGUGUCACUAUUAAAGUGUAUGUGGUUGCGGGCAUGAUGAUAAUACUUAUAGUGGAAUAAUAUGUCACUGCUAAUGCAUUAAAAUUAAAGCUAUUAAACUUACUAUAUGAAACAUUAUAUAUGUAUUCUAUGUUUAUUUAUAUAAUGUUAAAUGCUUUUAAGGGCUGUAGAUACCGCUGAAGAUAUCCAGGCUGGAUCCUUCCUUUUCCAUGAGUCUGCAAGGACUCAAUAUGUAAUUCAGUUUAGAUUUCACAGUUGAAACUUAUUGAAUAACAUGUAGUUGCUGUAAUUACGACAACAAUCUAUGAGCAGCCCUGGUCUGUAAAAGCUGCAUGUGACUUUUGCAGUUGUUUGGAGUUUUAACAUCCCAAUGUUGAUAUUGCAUCCAGUAAGUUUCUAGCACAAAAGGUUAAGGCUUUUCUGUUUCACCGUUUCCAUUAAAUCAAAUGUUGGCUUAUUUUGUCAUUUUAAUUAUUCUGUUUUUUGUAUUUAUAUUCCAUGCAAGCUUGUUUCUUUAUCCUCUCUUAUUUGAUUCUCCUUUAAACCCUGUGUAGGUUUUAUAUUAGUUUUCUAACCUCUCUUAGUGCUAAACCUACCUUGUUUUAAGUCACACAGUUUAAUCAACUGAUAUAGAAUCAGCGAUCAAGUCCAUUUAACGAGCAGCACAAUGAGCCUGAAGACUGUCGGCUUUAUGGUGUUUGAUUGUUUCCACAUGUGGGCGGAAGCUGCGACUCGUGGUCUCUUGGCUAAGGUCCUGGAUCGCCAACGUGUAUAUGCGUGCGCGCGAAUUCGUGUGUGUGCGUGUGUGUGUCUGUGUGUGUGUGUGUGCGUGUGUGUGUGUGUGUGUGUGUGU